CGUUCAAAAAACGGUCACACUGCCGCUGUUAUCCUAAAUAUUCUUAAAAACUUAAAAAAAUAUAAAUAUGAUCUUUAGCAUACGCACUUAUAGAGUACAGUUAUUUAAAUGAUUCUCCAGUUACUGGGGUUGCGUCGGCACCGAAGUACGAUGUGCAGUUUUCACUAAUGAAGUAACAAGUAAUGUUUCCAUAGGAGUGAUAUUGUCAUAAAUAUGAAGCGAAGGGCCGCAGACAAAGACUUAACCCUGAAAAAGAUACCCUAUAAGGAAAUCAAAAAUGAGUUUUCCAAGCCCAGUACUGAAGAAAAAAUUAAGACCUUAAAUGAUAAAAUGGACAUGGUUCUCCACAAUCAAAGAAAAAUGCUGGUCGUGUUGCGCCAACUGACGUCUGAGCAAACUGAUUCCUUGGGAUUCCCAAUACUUUCCGUAAAUAACAUAAAAAAAAUGAUGAUGGGCGCUCAAUCUGAGGACUGGUUACCUCAAGCAUUUCCUUUGACAGAACUAGAACAAAUGGAGGCGAUAGAGGAGGAAAUGAAUGAUCCUAUAAAAUUAUCCUUAUAUAAGCAAAACAUGAGGGAUAUUCUUAAGCCCGGCGGAAAACCACGUCCUGGUGGGCUUAAAAAACAGUUUCAUCUUAUACUCGCGAUUGACUUUUUAGUUGAUUUCAAUUUUGAUGGAAUACACAAUAAGAUACCACUAAAGAAGUUUGAAAAUUUCAACAACGCCUUAUUUGAUGUUCAAAAGGGGGAAGGAUAUUUUAGAGACGACUACAUAACUGAAAUUAGACUGGCAUUUCGGACCUAUAAAAAUCGAAGGCAUAAAAACGUAUCCGAUGCUCGGAGAAAAAUCAAGGAAGCCAUGGUUCUCGACAGCUCAUUCUUUCUUAAUGAAUCGGUAUGCAUUGCCUGCGAAAUUAAUUUGCCAGAAAAUAAACAAGCCCGUUUGGAACUGCGAGAGUUGUGCAGAAUAACCGCUCUGGAUGGAGUAUCUUUGCUGGUGAAAGAAGUGGAAACCGGCCGCGUGGUAUCGGUGUCCUUUAAUAAAAUUCAGUUCACACCACCACCUGGCGAUGAUCACUUCUUUCUAAAAUUCCGCAAUGAGAGAGCCAAAAGUCCUCAGGCCAGGCGUCUAAUGGACUUUAUGAUCGAAGUGGAUGAAAAAAUCGAUGUGUCUGCCAUGUACAAGAUGGAUUGCUUCUGUGAACUGAUGUUUCUGGCCACUUUGCCGAGCCACGAGCGAUUGGGACUGGGGCGCUCAUUGUCCCAGUUCACCAUACAGCUCACUCAGGAAUUGGCUGAGGGCAAGGGCCUGGAGGAGAUUGACGAAAAGCUACGUUUCAAACGCCCGGCAGCUGUCACCGCAAUCUGGACCUCAAGCUUUUCCCAGAAGGUGGGCAAAGCCACCAACUUCAAAGUGCUGAACUCGGUUUUAUAUUCGGAAUUUGAGUACAAAGGCAAACGCUUUAGCGAGAUCAUAAAUCCUCUGCACAAAUUCUGCGAACAUGUUAUAUAUAAACUUUAAAGAAAAAAAAAGUUAAGUCAAUUGAAACAAAAAACUUAAAUGUGCGUCGGCCGGGAAUCGAACCCGGGUCAACUGCUUGGAAGGCAACUAUGCUAACCAUUACACCACCGACGCCAUAUGAUAUAAGGCUGCCGUUUACCUAAAUGUGUUGUGACAGACUUCGUUGCUUCUUAUCGAUGGUUAUAGUUAUCGGUAUCCGGUCACACUAACUCUGUCAGAUAAAUUUAUAUUGGUGAAGGUAAAAUCAGAGAAAAGGUUGUGAACGGUAAUUCAAAAAUUGAAUAGAAGUACACAGUCAAAUAAAAAUUUAAAGGUUGUUUUUAAA